AUGCCGGGUGAUUUGAAUUUGAAGAAAUCUUGGAAUCCAGCUUUGGUAAAGACUCAAGCCAAAAUUUGGCAACAAGAGCAAAAGACCUUAGAAGAGUUCAAUAAGAUUAAACAAAGAGAAGAGGAAUUGAAAAAGGAGAAAGAAUUAAAUGAUUUAAUAGCGUUGAAGUACAAGUUUAACGAUAAUAUGAACAAGCAAGAUAAGUUGAAGUUAAAUAAGCUUAAUUGGAUGUACGAUGUACCAGCACAGAAAGAGAAGCCUAAAGAAGUAAAAGUUGAAAAAGUCGAGACAAAAGUUGAUAUACAAGAUCCUAUGAAGAAAUUCAAGGAAAUGGAUCCCAUGAAAGAUAUGAAUAGAAAGGAAAGGGUGCACAAAAGUAGUCAUAGUCACAGGAGUUCCAGUCAUAGGUCGAGUCAUAGGAGCUCUACUCAUAGGAGUGAUAGUCACAGGAGUCAUAGAAGCCACAGAAGUCAUGAUGAUGAUCGAAGCCAUAAAAGUGAUAGUCAUAAAAGCGAUAGUCAUAAAAGCGAUAGUCACAAAAGCCAUAGUCACAGAAGUAGAAGUGAUACUCACAGAAGCAGAAGUGAUAGUACUAAAGACGGAUCUCGAGAGUCUGAAACUAAACCUAAACCCAUUCAAUAUUAA